GAAUGAGUUGAGAAGUGAGUUGGUAAGUGAUGCUGUGAAAUGAAAUAUAAAAGGCCCACCACUCCCAUCCCUACCUUCCCCUCUUACUCUCUUCUCUCUUGCCGCUGCCGCUUCUCCUCCUCCUCCCCCUCCUAAGGGCUUUGCCAACGAGAGAGAGAGAAAGAAAGAAAGAAAGAAAAAGAGUGAGAGUAGAUGGCAGAGAGGAUCCCAUCUGGGAGUUAUUUUCAGUACCCUCCUCCAGCAGUUCCUCCGUCUCCAAUUAGGUCAUCAUCUUCUUCCAUUCCUUCAGAUCGAGAGAGAUAUUUGUCUGAAUUACUGGCAGAGAGGCAAAAGUUGGGACCAUUUGUGCAAGUUCUGCCACAAUGUACAAGGCUCUUGACUCAAGAAAUCAGACGGAUAUCAGGCUUCAAUCAAGGUUUCAUGGAUCAUGAAAGACUUGAGCCAGAUAGUCCAUUUAGAUCCUUAAGUCAUCAUCCAAUUAGUAGGCCUACGGAUCUGGAGGGAUGGCCUACCAUACCAAUAGAGGACAAUGGAAAUCUCCAAAGAAUGGCAUCAUUUCAAACACCACCAAUGGGUUGGCCAGGAGCGCAAGGAGUUCCUGCUACACCUGUAGUUAAGAGAGUUAUCAGACUUGAUGUCCCCGUAGACAAAUAUCCAAAUCAGUAUAAUUUCGUUGGCCGAAUUCUGGGGCCUCGUGGGAACUCGUUGAAAAGAGUAGAAGCCAUGACAGAAUGUAGGGUUUACAUCAGGGGCUGUGGCUCUGUGAAGGAUUCUAUCAAGGAAGAGAAGCUUAAAGAUAAACCUGGAUAUGAGCAUCUUAAAGAGCCAUUGCAUGUUUUGGUGGAGGCAGAGUUUCCAGAAGAUAUAAUUGAUAAUCGCUUGGAUCAUGCUGUGAGGAUACUCGAAAAUCUUUUGAAGCCAGUGGAUGAAUCCCUGGAUCACUAUAAGAAGCAGCAAUUGAGGGAGUUAGCCAUGCUCAAUGGUACUUUGAGGGAGGAAAGUCCAAGCAUGAGUCCAAGCAUGAGUCCGAGCAUGUCGCCUUUUAACAGUACUGGAAUGAAGCGAGCCAAAACAGGAAGAUGACCCCGACAUGAUGACUAUGGAUCAUGACCCUACAGUUUUCUCAAUCUAAAUUAUUAGCAUCUGAUCUCUUAGAGUUUUUGUGAUGGCCUUUUCAGUGUUAUUCACCGGAGACACCUUCGGGGUUGAGCCUCCUCAAGCAGCUUGUUGGGAUGACAGAUGGUUUUUCCACUCAAUUUAAUUGACCAUUUCACCUUGGCUUCUAUUCUUUCGUGUAUUAACCUCUAGAACAUUGACCCUCAUUUUGCUGUUGUGUAUUAACUAAUUUGCAGGUGCUAUUCCAUAGAUUCCCCUUCCCCUCUUUCUUUUGCUUUAUUUGUUUUUUUUCCCCCUUCAAUUUGUCAGAUCAUUAGAUUACAUACUAUGCCUAUUUAUAAAUAUGCAUGGUAUUGAGUAUUGACUCUCAAACUAAAUAAAACAAGUGGAGUGUUUUGAUUGUAUUGCAA